UUAUUAACAGCACUAUUUCAUCCACCAUGGCAUUCACCAAGACGUCACAGAAGUUUGGGCAGUGGGCCGAUACGAGGGCGAACACUGUCUAUGGGCUGGGCUUUGGCUCUGAGACAGAUCUCAAUAAGUUCAUAGAAGAAUUUGAGAGAGUGAAGGAAGCAGCAUUAGAAAUCACAUCAGAGCCUACCAAGAAAGGCAUUGAUUCCACCCCCAUCCAGAAUGGAACGACCAAGAUCACCAAUAACGAAAUCAAUCAUGCUAAGCAAAACUCUGGUGAUUCAACAGGUUCAAUCUCCAACUCAGUACACAUUAUGGCAUCCUCCGAUGCACAGCUCAAAUAUGAGAAUGAUAGACUGAAAAUAGCAUUGGCUCAGAGUUCAAAUAAUGCCAAGAAGUGGGAGUUGGAGCUUCAGACGUUAAAGAACAACAAUGCUAGAUUGACCACAGCCCUUCAAGAGAGUACUUCUAACGUUGAAGAGUGGAAGAGACAAUUAUCAGCUUACAAAGAAGAGAAUGUCAGAUUAAAGAAAAAGAUGAAGGAGAUAGAAGCAACGGUUGAACCUGAGGCUCAGAAUGGACACAGUGAUACUGUAGAACUUGAAAACAGGUUACAGGAACUCACACUGGCUCAUAAAAACAAAGAACAGGAAGUGGAGAACUUAUCCAGGAGGCUUGAAGAAGUUUCGGGUUUGACAGAAGAGAAUACGAGAUUGUCAGCAGAACUUGAGAAAACUACAUCCAAUGUAGAUGCUCUCACCAGUCGUCUCACUGAUCUUGAAGAUAAGCUUCAACAAGAGAGAAGCGCAAGGGAAGAGAACAGCACACAAUUGACGACCCUGCACGAAAAGCUUGGUAGUACUUUAGAACAGCUCGCUUCAUUACAUAUCCAUCUCGGAAAGUCAUUAAAUCCAUGAUGCCCAUCGCUGCAACAAUCUAUUGGUCAUUUUGACUUAUGGAUGCAUACAAGGACUACACAUUUCCAUCCCAAUUUUCAAUUGGACGCCAACAGAGCUAAACAACAUUGCAAUAAUUCAACAUUCUUUCACUUGUAUUGAAUAUGGAAUUUGGAAACAAAAAGAAAAAAACAACAACCAUGCUUCUUCAAGGAUGUUUUAGAAUGUGAAGAUGCAGACUAUGUUUUGCCCUGUAACGCAAAACCUGGCAAUUGAUGAUAUGGUUAAUUUUUGCCAUUGUAUGCGUACAGCAAUCAAAUGCAAUCAAUCGUAAGAUUCAGCCUUAUGAUUAGUCAAUAAGCUUCUUACUUCAUGGCCUUGGUUAGCUUGUGGCUUGGACACAAAUGCGGUUGUGAUGAAACGCAGAAGAAUAAAGCUAUAUCUUAAAAAAAAAAUGCAUCAUGUGCAUGCAGGCAUACUUUGAGCAAUCUUUAUUUAAGAAAGGGCCGUAUAUAUAAUUUUGAGCAUGAAAAAUUACAGUUCCCCUCCCUAGGGGUGUAGUUAAAUGGGCAAAUUACUCAUGAAUCUUCAAUACCAGCUGUAAUGCUCAAUUCAGUCUCGGACAAUGACACACCGGUGUUCGUCAUGAACUGCCAGAAGUAUCUGUCAUAUUUUCUGAGGCCAAUCCCAACACCAGCUUUUUAAGUAUGAUGUUGAUGUUUCCUCAAUACCAACGUUCAAGACUUGCUGAGAUCACGAAUUGUCUUAUGGCAUAAGUUUAUGUUUGUUGAGUGAAUGUUUUUCCUUUUUAUUCUUUGUUAUGAUUUGUCAGUGGCUGAAAAAUUUGGCUGAAAAUCCAAACAAGUGAUUUUAACUUUGCAGGGUAACUUGGUUAUCAAGAUCUUUUCAGAUGUUGAUUUGGUAAUCCUACGCAGAGGGAUUUCAUACCCAUCAUCAGGGUUUGUUACCUUUAUCAUUACGUUCAUGCAAGUCCUUCAUGUUUGUAUGGUCUGUGUGUUUGUUUCAUGUAUAACUAAUGAAUUUUGUCAGCUUGUGCAUGUUUAUAUUCAGCCAGGGGACCUACAGUUCAACUCGUACUUAAAAGAGUCGUUCAGAAAUGGGACAAAAAAGUUCAGCAACAUUUGUGUACAAAGUCCAUGUGGUACAAGGAAUCAAAAAAUGUUGCAGAGGCAAGCUGUGUUUGUUUUUUUGUUGUAAGGCAACAACUAUUGAGCAACCAAAUUGUUUAAAAAAAAGUUUACUGAUACAUGUAGUAAGAUACAUGUAGUAAAACAAUUGAGCACAUAAUAAUCUUUCCAAAGUUAUGUUCACAGACUUUUGAUUCAAAAUUAAAAUUAUUUACAUCAUAUGACAGGAGUAAUAUCAGAAUGGAACCAUUAUGAUUUCAUGAGUCUAUCCACACAACAACACUGGAUUGUUGAUCAAGAUUUAGUCUUUAAUGUGUAUUUAUUGGUAUACAUAUGUAGAUUAUGGGGUUUGUCUCUCUAUGUAUGUAAUUAAUUAUUGGCAUCUUAUCUGAAAGAUUCGCUACAUGUGAAGUGGACAUAUGAUUAGAAUCCGGUAAUUCCAAUUCCUCAGUUUACUGUGCUGCCCCUGAGCUGUUGAAAAAAAAUUGAUUUUAAGCGUAUAAAAUGUAUCUGCAGAAUGUUUUAUUUAUUACAUUUAUUUAUUCAUCAUGCAUGUUAGUGUCGAUGAAAUCAAUGUUUAUACAUGCAAUAUAAUAUUUGUAAUAACAUUUGUAAAACAUGCUAAAUAUUUUUAGGAUCAGGAAGAGCUGCAUUUCCAUAUUAAAUAGAUGUUAUAUUUCGCAGGGUGAAACUGAAGCAUGUUUUUGAUCAUGAUACACAAUUCACUAACGCUAAAUUAUGUACACUUUAUCCAUGGCCAUCAGCGCAGAGGAUUAUCUUGUGUUCAAGGGGGGGGGGAUGCAACAAAAGAUGUCCCCCCCCUACAUGUACGAACAAAAGAUAAUCUUUUGCGCCGACGCCCAUGGCUGUAUCUGUUAUGAAUAUAGCUUAAUUUACAAAUUUGUUCACAACAUAGCCUGUGAACUAAAAUAGAAUGUAUUGUCUCGUGAACUUAAUGUUAGUCUUUCACUUGCAUAAUCAUAGCAGACUGAAAUUUAAAAUCUACUUACAUUUUAUUACAAAUUUAGUGUAUUCAUAGGCGAUUAGACUUAACUUUUACGAGUCACAUGAAUUUUACAGUGUAUCUAUUUGAAAGAAUUCUUUCUGUGAAAAAAUUAAAAUGCUAGUGUGAUGAACAGUU